AUGGGUUGUGCAUAAGUGGUCAAUAAUACUAAUGAGAUUUAUGAGCCAAUUAUUGAAAGACAAUCUUCAAAAAGAACGACUUUAAAACAUACUACUAGUUGUAAAGACUCUCCAACAAUAUUUCCAUUGAAUUUACCUGAUGGAUUUGGAAGAUAUAAGAAGAAUCCUAGAAAUACUAUAAGUAUGAUUAAGUUAAGAAAUACUAUGAGAAUAGAAAUACAAUUAGACAGUAGUAAAAAUACUAUUCUAAAAAGAAGAACAACAUCAACAUUAAUCUCAAAAUGA